CCGCUUCUCUCUAUCUCUCUUUCGUGGUGCUCGCGAGAAAUGUCUGAAUCUGCAUCUUCAUCCGCCGAAGUCACAGGUGUGAUUAAAGCCAUACGCGAAGGGAGACUUCGUGUCAUCAAUAUAUCUCCUGGAUCCUCCUUCCGGCCCAGGCAAGUCGUCGCAUCUUGACUCCUGGCCUCUCAAUAACGGUCUCAAGAAUGGAAAUCUUCGACGACCCGAGGUCAACUCAUGUCGUGUUGACGUUUGAACUUCCCGGUGUCAAAACGUCCGACCUUUGCAUCCGGGUAGAGCACGGAAAUCUCGUCCUGCGGGGCCGGCGGCGGCCUCUCUUCCGGCAGCGCCGCACUCCGCGCAGUGCACCAGGCGACGGCACCGAGAACAGCCCGAACAUGGAUGUUGACACCGACGCGUGCAUCUUCCCAGCACAGGAACUCCGAUAUGGGAGAUUCGGACGCGCAGUCAGCCUUCCGAAAGGCGUCGAUGCUUCAUGUCUCUACGCGGCUCUCCACGAGGGCCUGCUCACUAUCAUCUGGCCGCGAUCGGCGCACUCGAGUGUCAAACAAGAAACACCGGCUGUGAAGCUAGAAACAGACGCCAUGUCCCCCGGUGUAACAUCAGUAGCGCUCCCGACGUCAGCCGCUCGCACUGAGGAUCCACGAGCAAGAAGUUUGCAUCCCAGCACUCAGUCUGCUGGGAAGGCAGGUUCCAGUGCCGGCGCCACUCCCCACUAGCGUCCCGAACAGGAGAUCUGAGCUGUAUCUCUGUUAUACAUGCGGAUGCCAAAUGGAUCUGACAGCCGCCGAGAGUCACUGCAUGCCACAUCUUGUUUUCUACCCCCGCUUUGUAUACGUCUUCUCUGUUUUCGGGAUUCCCUUCGAUCGUGUUGUACAUAUAUCACCCUACUCACCUCUAUGAAUACUAUCUCUGUACGAUCUGAAUUCGUGGACUGGACUUCUCUGUAUCACAAUACUAGACCACAAAUCGCCUCUGCCCGAUUCUAUAUCUGUGACAGGCGCACCCACUCCCGGACUUUGUACUCCUUUGCAAUCUUCG